ACAUAUAGAUACUAUACUAUUUAUUAUUCAUUUAUCACAUGACAUGAUAGACUAACCAAUGUAUCAAAAUGACGAAAUUGAAAUUAUCUGAUAUUCAUAAGAGAAUAGCACAAUUUGGGAAGGGAGUUACAAGAACAUUUAAAUGGAUAGCCAAUCUUCCAACGUUAUAAAGGUGCUCUAUUACCUGAAGGUGAAAGGUGAUUAUUGGAUGUGAUUCUCAGGCCAAGGGAAAGUAAUAUUAAUAUCCUGCAUUUAUUCUCUCUGUAGCUGCACCAACUAUGACAUUGACUGUGAUCAGUGAGUUGCAUGACAACGAAGAUGUGUAUGUAGUAACAUGCGAUGCUGGAAGCAAACCACAAGUUACUCUUAUAUGGACGCUUGGUGGAACUACACAGACUGAUGGCAAUGGGAACACAAUAGUUGAAACGAACCCGACAGUUGCACGUACAUCACCUGUAUCUAAUACAAGGAGUGUGUUCACAUUCCCAGCAACUCAAGAGAAUUAUGGACAGACUUUGGUUUGUCAGACCACUGGACAUCAGCUGACAGAACUAAACAGACAGGAAUCAAUAGAUUUAAACAUUCAUACCUCUCCAUCUACCGCUCGUACUACUGUCACUGCUGAUUAUGUAACAGAGGGAACAGACAACAUCAGAGUGACAUGUACUGCACAAAAUGAAACUACUCCGAUAAUGAGAAACUACUAUAUAUUCUCUAACGGUGUCCUGAUACAUGAAUCAAUGGAUAGUGUGAACGAGUACACUGCUCGAAAAACAUCGGUCAGAACGGAGAUUACAUGCAUGGCUGGUAACUACCUUGGGAAUACAUCCCUCAGUGCAGCAGUAACAUAUGAGCCUCCAACAAGAACCAAUGGUCAACUGGUUACCAUGGUAACUGUAACUGGUACUUCGCCAGCAGUAUCUGGGACUGAUGUCACACUCACAUGUGAUAUAACAGGCGGAACACCACCUUUGAUUCUAUGGGUAGAUGAUAGUACAACCCCUUCGUCGAUUCUUUUUGCUGGAACGACCCGUGUCAGUGUUGACGAAAAGUUUGAUAACUUCGAGGUAACAUCGUCCACUUCCACACAAUCAAUUUUGACCAUUUCUAGCGCAGAAGUCAGGGAUGGUGGAAUAUAUAGAUGCGUUAUUCCGGGUACGGAUGGUAGUAAACAUUUUGUGGUAGAAGAAGACGUACCACCGCUGAUCAAUUUGACAGUCAUUGCUAUCACUCACGAGGAUCCGACAGUAGACGCCCUGGCGCAGGAUGCAGAAAUCCGAGCAUUCGUUGCUGACCCAUCGGCACAGUAUGGCACCAUGGAGGUUGCCUCUGCGUUCACUGGUCCUGAUGGCAUUGCGACGCUGAUGGUUCCUCACAACCAGUCUUUGAUCGUCACAGCAUUUUAUGAUGGUACACUGGCCAACUCAAUAACUACCAAGGCUAACCCUAAGCUAAAAAAUGUAGUGACGAUACCAGUAGCAGCCUUUGAGGAACUGAAUUUGUUCCGUUGGUUACGAUUCUCUUCCAACGUCUUUUCUUUCGGGGGUCAGGAGGGGUCAUCAAUGUAUCAGGUAUCAAUUCUUCCCGGUAGUCUGAGUGUUCGAAGAAGGGGCCUCGUUCAAAUCGAGUUCUAUGGUGUGAAUCUUACAAUUCCAGAGCAGUAUGAACACGCUCCGGAAGCAAUUGGUGUGCUCAAUAUGGGGAGAGCUGAAUUGGUUGAUCUUGAGGUAUUGGGGAUGAUGGAAUUGAAUGUCUUCGCAACUACAUCCCCUUCUGUUCCUGCAUUAUUCAGUGACUAUGUUACUAUCACCAUACCUGUAACCAGUCCUUCCAAUGAUAUCAGUGUUGGCGAUUCUGUUGAUGCGUGGUACUUCAAUCAAAACCAUGGCGUGUGGGUAAAUGAUGGCUCAGGAAUCAUUAGGAGAGACCCUGGAUCGGGACAGUUGGUAUGGGAGUACGAAGCAAGGCAUUUUACCUGGUGGGCAGCGGCGACUGUUCAGACUCAGACUAGUUGUGUGAAGGUCAAGACCUGUCUGGAUGAUGCAUGCAAUCUUCCUUUACCUGGUGUUCGAAUACAACUUACUGGUAAGGAUUAUGCUUUCUCAAGCUCAAGAACUACUGACCGACAUGCAGAAGCCUUAUUUAACGUCAAACGUGGAAGAACUGUUACUCUUGAAGCAGUGUGUGCCAGGGAGAAGAUGACAGUGGCCAUUACCUCAAUUGUGGGUGCCUUUGACCAUGCAGAUGCGGACAUACCAGCAGUUGAACUUGAUCCCCUUCUACCAUGUCUACCGUCGGAUGUCUGUAGGGAAAUAACCAUGACUAUCCCACUCGAAUCAAGUAAUAUCACAUGUCGAGAUCCAGGUGAGGUGGAAUUCUCCACCCGCAACCUCAGGGGUAGAACUUACUCUGAUGCUGUACAAUAUACGUGUGACAUGGGUCGAUUUGCAAGAGAGGGAUCUUACAGAACAUGUCUUGAGUGCGGCGUAUGGUCAGGUCGACCCAUCGAAUGCACAAACUAAAUAUGGUCCUUCCAAGAAAAGGUGGUGACGUCA